ACGGAAUCAGCAUUGUUAAAAUGAGUCUCACGAAAAAAGGACUUGAUGAGGGCAGUCCGAGUGUCACGCAGAGUGCAUGUUACUUUUGCAAUGACUCAUUUGAAAAGGGAUGCUUGCAGAACCACCUGAAGAAAUGCGGCAGUAUUUUGGAGCAAUGCCCACUGCGCUGCGGUGCCUGGAUUCAGCGAAAACACAGGGAGACACACGUCAAGGAUUGCCCCCAGAUGCAGAAGCGCACAUCAAAAUCAUCGACCUAUGCGAGGCUGUCAGACCCUGCUCCAGCAGAUAUCAUUACCGUCAAGAAGCACACCUGGAAGCCUGAACCUCCGCCCCUCGACGACUGCGUCAAAUAUCUGGAGAAAGAGGUCGCUUCCAUGAAUUCAGUCCUAACAGAAGGAUUCCGCCACCGGGACGUCCAAGACACAGAGCUGGAAACCCUCCGCUCCAAGCUGGUUCUCGUAGAAGAACAGUGCCAGCACUUCCUCUCGACCCUCAUGUCUUUAAGGGCUUCUGUGGAUGACGAGGCAGAGAGAUCUGCCAACUGGGCAGCGCAGUUCAAACAUGACUUGGCUAACGUGCAGUUAGCAUUACAGGAGCUCCAAAGUCAGCAGCUGACAACAGCGAUGCGACUAGAAAGCACAGUAAGCAGCCUGGUGCACGAACAACACGAGAGGGAAUUGUUGGAACAGGCGCUCACGCAGCACGACGCGAGGAUCCGGACUGUUCACAAACUGGAGGAAGUUAUAUCGUACAUAAAGGAGUCAGUGGAGGAGGAGCGCCUUGUCAACGCGGAGAGCCGAGCCGCGCUGGAGCAGGAGCUGUUUGAAGCCAAGAGGUCGUCUGAACAGCUGUCGCAGUUAGCCUCUUUAAGGGUGCAGCUGCAGAACGCUACGCCGGAAAGACCAACAAUAGACCGUUUAGCAGUUUUAGAAGUAGCAACAGCAGACGCUCGAGCAGAGUCCGAAGAGCAAAAGGCGAGAGUGGAAAACAUUUCAAGAGACCUUAGAGCUUUGACAAAGAGCUACUUGAAGAUGAGGACUGAGUUGAUAGACUUCCAAUCCAGGGUCAACUUUGAAAAUCAUGAAACCGGGAGUGACACUGGUCAUUUCAUAUGGAGAAUAGAGAACUUCACGGCUCGCAUGAAAGAAUCUAAAGAAAAUGACACUGUGCUGAGCAGUCCACUGUUCAGGACCAGCAAAUAUGGAUACACUUUAAAGGCUGAAGUCCAGCUGAACGGCAUCGGCAAAUGGAAGGGACGACACAUAACCUGCACGGUACGGCUGGUGAACAGCAUGUACGACGCGUUGCUUGAGUGGCCCUGCGAUUUGGGUAUCAAUAUUGUGCUCAAGGACCAGCCGAAUAACAGGAGUCAGGCAAUGGAUAUAGUAAAGUCACUGCAAAUUCGACGCAAAUCUUCAUCGAAGCGUCACGAUUACGACGAAGUGGGCGACAACAAGACGCGGUCCAAUGAACAGCUGGACAAGUCACUUCUGCAACUUAAGCGACAGUACAUCUUCAUCCCGCACACGAGCUUGGAUAAGUUCGAGUACAUAAAGAACGAUGUUAUGUUUCUGGAGUUUAUUGUCAACAAAUGAGGCAUAGGUUGGUUUAUUUUUUAAAUCGUAUAUGUUUAUCUCUGUGUAGAACCCUAUAAUCUGUCUUUUUUCUUAUACUGAAUUUUGGUAUGAUUAUGCAACAAAUAACCGACCGUGCUUCAUUUGAAUCAUCAUUGGCCCAUUAUUCGUCCCACUGUUGGGCACAGGUUCAUUUGAAUUGAUUUCAAUCGUCAAUUUUUGUAAAUACUUACAUAGAUACAUACACUGCCUUUAUAACUACAUAAGAAUUGUGUCUAUUAAAAAUACAAAGAGAUGUAUUUUACAGUUUUUCAUUUUCAUAUAAUAUAGAAUCCACCUGUACUUUUUAAAAUGUGUACUUAUGAAUGAAAAUUGAUUUCUAUACUAAUAGGCCAACUGUGAAAAUAAAACUAAAUAAGGCAAUAACACAAUUAGUAAUAACAUAAUAGAACAUCUUAAUAUACACAAUUUAGACAUUAUUGGAAAAAUUUGCCAUUCUUUCACAACUUAUCGAUAAAACUGUCGACAACAACUACGCGACUAUUUAAAAUUUUAUGAUAACUGGCAACCCUGCAAACGUCAUUUUACUCAA